AUGCAACGUAGCCUAAAAGUCCGCCCGCGCCGAGUUGCCGCUGUUCGCGUCGUCGGGUUCAGCGAGAGCUGUAUCGACCUUCUCUCGCCUCGCCCGCCCGACCUGCCGCGGCCUAUCGCAGCCGCACGACCUCAAAGUUCAGCACGAGCCCUCGCCACCCGUGACGACAUGCCACGCCACGGCGUUUCCGUGUGCUGCUACGCUCAUCGCUGGAACGCGUCUUUUGCGUUCAGGACUUGUUCUGCAGGCUUUUCUGUCGAGCUCCUUGCCCUUUCUCCGCUCUCCCGCCGUUUGAGCUGGACGAGCUUCCGCUACGGACGUCACCUGAUUGCCUGCUUAUUCUGUGGGGGCCGCUGCGCUGAGAAGGCGACCACUUUGCCGCAGGUUUCGCUCUUUAAGCUUCAGUCAUCCUCUCAGGGUUCAGAGGAGCGAGGAGGGGAAGACGCCCUUCAGUUGCAUGAACAUGAGCAAGAGCAUGGAGGCAGGACAUUUGGACUUCGGCACCGCGAGAUUCGUGCAGCGCUCGUGCGAGCUGAGCUGCUAGCGCUAGACUGCAGCCGCAGACUCGCACGCCACUCGUGCGAAGAGAUGUCUUCGCACGUCCGCCUCUCCAUCCUUCUUUGCCCCAUCGCCGACGCCUGCUCUCCCUCCCUCUCCAGUUCCCGCUUCAAAACCCUGCACCCACAUCUUCACCUUACGCCUCACACCGCUUCCCGUAUUGGUCUCGCUCGACGCCAACUCGCUCAGCCACUUGAUCCUCGUCCAUCCUCUCGAUCCGCCCAUUCAUCCCGCUCUCCUGCGGACACCCUUUGA